CAACAAAUAGAAUGACGUUAUUUCCCCAGAGGGCAAUAUUAUGGGGCCCAGUACACACGCCCCUAGCUGCCUUACCUUGUCUUGGAACGAUAAAUAGCGGCCAACUCCACGACAGCUUCACCUCAACUUCUCAUCACAACAUCUACAUCUGCCUUCACAGGGUGAGUCUUCAGAAUGACGCAAUUCAACUUCAUAGCCACCAACCAGGAGCUUCGUAAGGGCGACUCCCUUAUGAGUCAAGAUGGGAGCCACAAAGCAAUCUUUCAGGAUGAUGGCAAUUUUGUCAUCUACAAGUGGUCUCCAAGCUGGCAUUCCAACACGGCUAACGAUGGGGGAAUCAGAGUUCUGCUGCAAGAGGACAACAACCUGGUUAUGUACACCAAGGAGAGGAAAGCCGUGUGGUCCUCUGUCACCUGGAAUGAAGCGAACUCCAGCAAGAUGCGUCUGACCAUGACAAAUGAAGGUCACCUGGUCCUGGACAAGGAUGCUCAGGCCAUCUGGAGCUCUGAGAAUUCUGAAGGUCAGAAAGAGUGUUGAGAUGUUGUUCGGGAAAGAUCUCUUUGAUUGAGAACUGAUCUCUGUGUUUGACAGCUGAUCUCUGUGCUUGAGCACACAUCUCCUUUCAUCAUAUGUUGAGAUUCUGGAUGACAAUAAACAUCACAAAAAAAUUGUUUUGUUCGUCAACUUAAUUGUCAGCACUUUUCUCUUUCCAUGAAAUAUUUUCAUCUGCUUUCUUGAUGAAUGAAUAUGAACGGAACCAAACCUACAGAAAAAAAUAAAAGUUCUGACACAGCUA